AUGGCCCUGGUCCGGGAUCCAUACUUCUGGAAGCGCUUCUCGACAGCAGUCCAUCUCGAAGAAAAAGCCAAGGGAGAAAAUCAAGAUGUCGAAUACUCGACACCUGUGAAGGAACCAGAUUCCUGGCUCGAGCGUGAGCGCCGUAAGCGCAAGCGAUCACUGAUCUGGGGCUUCGUUAUUUUCUUUUUCAUUAUCUUACUGGUGACCGGGGGAGUGAUCGUGUGGUGGCUCGCCAAACACAACUGGCUGCAAGCAGUCGAGCCCUAG